AUGUCCCCCGGGUCACUGACCCUUUCCCACCCCCUGCAGAAGCUGGAGGGCUCCAAGUUUCGGGGACAGCUCCUCAUCUUCGGGGCCACCAACUGGGACUUGAUCGGCCGUAAAGAAGUGCCUAAGCAACAAGUUGCAUAUCGUAACCUGGGCCAGAACUUGUGGGGGCCUCACAGGUACGGGUGUCUCUCAGGGAUCCAGGUGAGGAGCGUGGUGUCGGGCCCCUGCGCCGCUCACAGCCUCCUCAUCACCACCGAGGGCAAGCUCUGGAGUUGGGGUCGCAAUGAAAAGGGGCAGUUGGGCCACGGGGACACCAAGAGGGUGGAGGCCCCGAAGCUCAUCGAGGUACUGGGGGGUGAGGCCAUUGUAGCAGCAGCUUGUGGGAGAAACCACACCCUGGCACUGACAGAGAGUGGCUCCGUGUUCGCCUUUGGGGAGAACAAGAUGGGGCAGCUGGGGUUGGGCAACCAGACAGAUGCUGUGCCCAGCCCUACGCAGAUCAUGUACAACGGGCAGCCCAUCACCAAACUGGCCUGCGGGGCUGAGUUCAGCAUGAUCAUGGAUUGCAAAGGAAACCUCUACUCCUUUGGGUGCCCCGAGUAUGGGCAACUGGGGCACAACUCGGACGGGAAGUUCAUCGCCCGGGCGCAGCGCAUCGAGUACGACUGCGAGUUGGUGCCGCGGCGCGUGGCCAUCUGCAUUGAGAAGACCAAGGAUGGGCAGAUCCUGCCCGUGCCCAACGUGGUGGUGCGGGACGUGGCCUGUGGGGCCAACCACACGCUUGUCCUGGACUCUCAGAAACGUGUCUUCUCCUGGGGCUUCGGAGGCUACGGGCGGUUGGGCCACGCUGAGCAGAAGGAUGAGAUGGUGCCUCGACUGGUCAAGCUCUUUGACUUCCCGGGGCGCGGGGCGGUGCAGAUCUAUGCCGGUUACACCUGCUCCUUCGCCGUCAGUGAGACAGGUGGCUUGUUUUUUUGGGGGGCCACCAACACCUCCCGGGAGUCCACCAUGUACCCCAAAGCUGUGCAGGACCUUUGCGGCUGGAAAAUCCGCAGCCUGGCCUGUGGGAAGAGCAGCAUCAUCGUGGCAGCGGAUGAGAGCACCAUCAGCUGGGGCCCUUCACCCACCUUUGGGGAGCUGGGCUACGGGGACCACAAGCCCAAGUCCUCGACGGCCGCCCAAGAGGUGAAGACCCUGGAUGGGAUCUACACAGAGCAGGUGGCCAUGGGCUACGCCCACUCCCUGGUGAUCGCCCGCGACGAGCCCGACGCUGAGAAGGAGAAGCUCCGCAAGCUGCCCGAGUACAACCCCCGCACCCUCUGAGGGGAGCCC